UCAGUUUUACUCUGGGUUGCAAGGCAAAAUCAAGGCAAAUAUUUUUUGGUGUGUGAACACACACUGAUCUGCCGUUAGUCGCUGUACACUUGGAGUGUUUUAUUAGAUGUCCUCGUUCUGUCCCCAUUUACCGUACUUAAGAGGGAGUUUCUCCACGAUGACACAGGUGCUUGUUUACAAAGGAACAUCAGCCAACAUUCAGUGUUAACAACCACCACUCAAAACACGUAUUCCAGCAUGGUGAAAAAGUUGUAGUGGAUCAAAACGUAUGGUGGAAAACAAGUGUCUCACAUUGUUGAGGAAAUUAUCACUGUCUAGAUUUCUUGUCAGUGGGUUUUUUAGGCAGGAUAAGGUUUUUAGAGUUACUCCCCUUUUAUUUUGUACAAUGUUAACAACAUGAUUAGAUAAGGGCAUAAACAAAUGUAUGGGAAUAUUCCAAACAUACCAGAUAGAAGUUCAUUUUUAUGAAGUGCCAUGACUUCCACAGAUUGUUAUAAAUGAAACCAAACCCUUCAUUAGCAUAAAUGUUGCACUCAAGUCUUACCACCCUACCUGCAUAGUAUUAGGCAUGGCUUUAUCAGUGGAAAACAAAAGUGUGCAUUAAUUAAAAUUUACAGCCAUUCAUCAUAUUGCAAUAUUCAUAAGACCAUGUCACUUGUUAGAACAAUUACACAGCGAAGAGCUUUCAUGGUUAUAACCAGAGGCAGUUUGUGAAGUCAUUGAUUACGGUAAGGUAUAUAUUACCUCUCCUGCUAAUUAAGGUGAGAGCAGGGUUUGAUAGAGACAUCAUAAAGGACUCGGACAUCUUUAAUCAAUACGUUUUACCUGGUUAUGUAUACAUUGGAGGAAAAAUAGAUGUACCAGACACACCUUGUCAGCUAUAGGAAGUGACAGAGGAACAAUUUCUCUCUUGCUAAGGAAGAGGAAGAUAAAAGUAUAAAUGUGGAAAUUGAAUAAAAAAUCAAUGAUAUGUGUUGUCACUGAUAAGGGAUUUAUCUCAUGGUCAAGGUUCAGUUAUAUUGAUGGAAACUCCCUAUAGCUGUAAAGAAAAAGAUUCCCGUCGACUGACAGUGUACUUGCAUUUACCUGAUAGUCCAGGUGUGCGGAGAAAUAUAACAUGCAUAAAUCCUGACCAAGUCUCUCUUUUUUUACAUUAUUUAUACAACAGAGGAAGUGAAAUGAACUGUGACCAAUAAGUGAUGCAUUCAUGAGUGGGCUGUUACUAUAUGCAGGUGUUAGUGCAUGAAAUGACUGAAUUGAUAACAAUUACAAGAUGUUAUAAGGAGUUGUAAUAUCUGAACCCUGUGGCUUCGGCGUUAUUAAUGUCAAUAAAAGGCCACAGACGAAUGACACACCUUCACAGGAAGAAUGUGCUUCUCUCUUUAGUGAUUGUCCCAACGAUUUUGUGAAUGUUUAUGAAAUGUUGAGGUUCGCAUGCGACACAUUUUUUAACCAUAUAAGGUGUCAAGUGGUUUAAUCUUGUUGGUUAGAACUGCUCGCAGCCGAUUAACCGUAGAUUCUUUAGGGAAAUUAAAUGAAGAGUAAUAAAUUUGCGUUUAGGUACUAAAUUAUUUAUUUGACUAUAUACUUCUCUGACUUGGAUGAAAGCCAGGGUGUAGAUACCUAGAGAUCACCUUUUGUUCUUACCUGCUGAUGUCUGUGACUUAAAAGACUGGAGCACAAGGCCCGUGUGAAAUGUCUGCCCUAAAUAUUUUUCCUAAGAUUACAGAGCCUCAGAGUUGUAACCUGAUCCGGACAUGAGACAAUAUUACAUUUAUUGUUGUGCAACAGUGUAUUAUGGGUGUAUUUAAAAAUGAUUUAAAUACUAUUUUUUUCAAAUGGACUUUUAAAUGAAACCUUUCAUUUGAGCUCAAGUAUAGAGAAACUAAAGGAAUAGUUCGGCUUCGGGGACUUAAAUAAUCAAAAUGGAGGAAGGCAGCAAUGGUGCAGACUUAAAUAAUUCUGACAAUGACAGCAGUGAUGUGUCCCACCAAAAUGGAUUCAAUAAUUCCACCUAUACCAUGGAAAUAGGAAUUGCUAAGCUAGACAGUUCUUACUUAGAAAACCAUAUGCAAUGUGCCAAAGCUAUGCAUACAUCUAGUUCACCACAGUCUGCAGCUGGGAGGGUCGAUUUGUGUGAUUUGUCAACAGAGGGUGCCAACCCAACAAGUCUACCCCAGAAUGUGUAUGAAGAAAUAGGGGAAGUGUCCAAGGAAGGUAACUCUCGGGAGAAAUUUAACAGAAGUAGGAGUUUGAGCUCCGAGGAUGUUUUUGCCUCUAGUGACUCUGAUGAUUAUUUAGAGCCUGUUUCUUCACCAAAGUCUGUCAAUACUGAUGAUUCAUUGCCAUGUAGUCCCACCAAAAUGGAUGAUAAUAGUCCAGAAAUUUCAAACGAGUAUGAAGCUUUAUCACCAGCUACCCAAGUUUGUACUAGUUAUACCAGUCUCACUUUAAAGUCUCCAAAUCAAAGUACUGCUGAUGACAUAAGUGACACCAAAGAGGCAGAUAUCUAUGAUAACUGUGAUGUUUAUAACAUCAAAGAAGUACCAAACAUCAGUGCUUUAGAAACCAGUGAUAACCAAAUUGAUGGAAAUUCAGAGAAAACAACCUCAGAUGACCAUCAGCAGAAUGAGAAUCUUCUUAUUAAUGUUGAAGACGAAGCCAUUGAGUUAGGUAGAGCCAAGGAUGAAGAUGAACAAGUUGAUGAUGAUGUAAAGGAUAGCUGUUCUGUGAAAAGUGACCAAGGAUCAGUAGAAUAUCUAGAUGAUGAUAUUUCAUGUGACAUCAUCGAUGAAUUCAAAACUGAUGAAAAUGUUGAGGAUACCAAUGAGCAUGACAAAUGGGAUACAAUCGAUUCUGAGAAUCAAUGUGAAUUGAAUUUAAGUGCAUUAGAAUCAAUAAAUUUGAUUGAAGAUGAGUUGACCAGGAAUGAGUUUGUAGGAAAAGUUGAUGUGGAGUUGAAUUCUCUAAAACUUAGAAACAAAAUUGAUGAAGACAUGAAGGAUAGUUCGUCUGUGGCAAGUGUGCAAGGAUCCGUUUCAUAUUUGGAUGACAUUUCAUGCAUUACAGAUGACAACCUGAGUAUCAGUACCGGUAGAGCUGACCAAUGUUUAUCUGAGGUAGACUAUAAGGAAUUCUCUGAAGAAGGCAAUAAGGAGUCCUUAAUUGACUCAGAGAGAAAACCAGACUUAAAACAGUACUCAAGGGACGAUAACCACACAUGCAGCAGUGCUAAUUCUGAGUCCGACUUGGAUCAAAUUCCAUCAAAUUUAGUCAAAAGACUGUCUCAGCAAUUUUCUAAAUCAAUGGGUGACUUGAGAUAUGUGCCAUUUCCUUUUGCUGCCAGGAAGGCAUCUCUUCCUGGACAUUACAAGGUGACCUACAAGUCAUCCACAUUCCUAAUCUUGUCUCCGAACUCCAUGCAAGAGAGACAAUUUGUGUAUGAACCAAGCCUAGAAGAAGAAAAGGGACCAAAAGGACAGAAAACCACAAGAACCAAAGAAGAAGAGACAAGAGUUGUACUUAUGGAGUCCGACAGUGUAACAGAGCAAGCUACUGCAGGUACUCAGGUCUCUAAAAGGUCCAGUUGGUACUCUGGGUACGUCCAUCAUAUGACAAGCAGCACUGGACAGACAAGACGUCUGAGUGGGGUGCAUGAUUUCUGGGAAGGGGAGGACAGUGGGACUGGUCAAACCACAGAAACAACAACAAAGACGACAACAGUUGUGGAGAAUGGAGAUGUCAGCCAUGAGUCACAGGAGUCUUCUGCUAGGAAGCCCACAGUCCAAGAGGAGAUUAUGUCAGUGGAAGGAGGAGUGUACGAGAAUGAGCCAGUCCGUGAACCAGGGGUCGUCAGAGAGAGCGACCCCAAAAACAUAGGGGAGGAACUACCAGAGGUGGGCAUGGCCAAGAACAUUCUGCAGAGAUACGCCAAGAUUCAGGAAGAGUCUGCUAAACCAGUGGUGGGGAAAAGGCAGGCAUCCCCACCCAAAGGCACUGGACCUUCAGAGUAUAUCAGCGAACCCCGAACUGUUAUAGAGAAACCCGAGCAAAAGAUCGAGGGAGGCAUUUUCGAAAAUCAACCAAUUAGUGAAGAAGGAGUGGUUAAGUCAUAUGAUACUUUGGAGGAUGUCAAACCAGAGCAAGGUUAUGCCAAAAAUGUAUUGGCCAAGUUUAAGGAAAUUGAAUCGCAAGUCCAGAAUCGUCCGCCACCUUCACCAAAGAGAGAACUGACACCAGAUCGAUUCACCAAAGGAGAAUAUGUAAGUGAGCCCAGAUCAACAUUUGAGAAAUAUGAGGGGAAAACAGAAUCUGGCAUUUUCGAAAGUCAGCCUAGAGAAGACAAAGAGGUUGUCAAGUCGUAUGAGCAUGAACAGGAAGUACUCCCAGAGCAAGGGAUGGCCAAAAAUUUGGUUUCAAAAUUCAAAGAUUACCAGUCACAAACUAAGUCAACUUCACCUAGAGAAAAGAAGGAGCUGACUCCAGACAGAUUGACUAAAGGGGAGUAUGUGUCUGAGCCCAGAACCACGUUUGAGCAGUAUGAAGGGCAGGUGGAAGCAGGAGUUUAUGAAAGUAAACCGCAGGAUCGUGGAGACAUCGUCAAAUCUGGAGAAUAUUACGAGGAACCUUUACCAGAAGAAGGUUAUGCUAAGAAUGUUAUUUCUAAAUUCAAAGAUAUUCAGAAAGGUGGAGGCUCACCAGCUAAGUCUCCCUCAAAUAAACUGAAGGAAUUAACUCCACCCAGACAAGACACCUUCUCUGGAGUUUUGGAAAAUCAACCACAGGAACGUUCAGAUGUUGUCCACUCAUACGAUGUAUAUCAGGAAGAAAUGCCUGAGACGGGAACCACCCGCAAUCUGUUGAACAAGUUUAAAGAAAUCCAGCAUUCAGGAUCCAACUCACCUGCUUCCCCCAGACUUAAGAAGGAGUUCACUCCCCCACCUCAGUCAGGUGUGUAUGAAAACACCCCUACCAAAGGUAUUGUGUACGAGGAGAGAGUAGCGGAGAGUGGAAUUUUGGAAAACAACCCAGAGAGAAGGGAGGGUGUUGCAAGAGAAGAAGAGCCAUCUGCUGGAACAGUGGAAUUCCCAGAGAGAGGGUAUGCAAAGAAUAUGGUUUCAAAAUGGAAACAGCUUGAAACCGAGCACAGCAAAUCAGCUUCUCCUUCUCCAAGAUACAAGGAAUUCACCCCGCCCAGAGAAGAGCCCAGAAUCAAGAGUCCCCUCAGUCCCAAGUCCCCAGCAGGAACCAACAGCAGUGUUCAUCCCCGAGACUUGCCCGGACAGUACCAAGAACAACAGGCACCAGGAAUAUAUGAGAAUGACCCGAGUCACCGUGACGACAUCGCCCGGGAGGAAGACACGGAUUGGGAGCAGGGCCUGCCCAGGGAGGGAACCAGCAAGUCACUCAUCAGCAAGUUCAAAAACGUGCAGGAUGAGGCCAAGAAGUCCCAAGAAGUGCCCAAGCCCAUCUCCAGGAGGGAUUCCACAGAUGGACCUCGGAGCCCAAAGAAGAAGGCCGCUUUAUAUUAUCCGGUGUGUUAUGAACUCGUCAUAGUGGAAAACUUAGAGUGGGGGAGCACAGGAGUGAUCGGAGCUCCUGACUCAAAUAGUUCUUCUCUUAAAAUGACGGAAAUGUCCGCUAUUCAAAAGAGGGUCAAGAUGUUUGAGGAAAGCAGUGAUUCGCCAGAGAGAGGCGAAAAUGCCCCCUCGUCUGUAGGAACAGAGGAUGAGUCAAUUGGGGCUCCCACCGCUGACAAUGAGGCGAAUCCCAAAAGUCCCUUUGUUGCCGUUCAGUUGGAGAAGUGCGCAGCAUGUCAGAAAACAGUCUAUGCCAUGGAGAAGAUAGAAAUGAAUAAAAACUGCUACCACAGGGCGUGUUUUAAAUGCUCCCACUGUAACUCACGAUUAACGGCAAAAACGUUCAGCAUGAAUGAAGGAGUCAUCUACUGCACAAAUCAUUUCAAGCAGCUGUUUGCUAGGAAAGGAAAUUAUGAUGAGGGAUUUGGGCGCCAACAAUACAAAAAGCGUUGGCAAGGUGACCAGCCUAAUGGAGAAAAACAAACUGUGCCCGAGCCCACCGCUUAAUGUUGCGUGCUUUAUUUUUUGUCAAUUGUAUAAACUUUUUUUUUUUGUGUAUUAAUGUAUAAUAUAUAUAAUAUUGCCAAUUUCUCAUUUGCCUAUAUUUUUAAGUCAUAUUUAUCAUUGUAUGAAAAAAAAGAAAUGAAAAUUUGCAACUUUAAAGAUGUGUUUGGAGGAUGAGAAGGGAGAUAAUCACUAUUCAGAACAAGCAAUUCUGAUGGCUGUUUAAUUAUGUCAUGAUAUAAAAAUUGUUUUUGUUCUUUACACCACCAGAGAGUGCUAUUUGAUAUAUUUUGUCUGUUACCUUAUGAAAUAUUGUUCAUGCAUACGUUAAUGCAUUAGAUAAUUGACACCACCACAUGGACUUUGUAAGGGUACAGUGUGACCAGUGUAAUCCGACACCUAGUUAAACCAACAUACUGUAGACAGUCUGAGAUUGUCCGUUUUUUAAUCACACUGUUAUUACAUUAUUUUUUCUCAAUGCAUUUUGAUUUGACAGGAAUCACUGUACAUGUAUAUACAUGUCGCUAUUGAAACCACAUUUGUAAAUUGACAUGCCUGCAUAGAAGAAAAAAAAUUCGGUCAUCUUGAUGAGUUUUUAUGAUAUUUGGUAGGUUUUUUAAAUAAAGCCCAAUGUCUCUUUUUGUUCAAGAUCUCAGGCAUGUUUUUUGUCUUCCAUUGUAUGAGAGAGUGCAUGGGCACUUCAUAAACAUUCAGUAAUAAAGUGUAUGGUGUCAAGGUCAUUCUAAUGGGCUUUACAGUCAAAAUGCAUGGAAUGUGAUAUACUACACAUGUACGUCAAGUAUAUUAUGCUAAAGAGUGUGAUAAGAGUGCAAUUUUUUUUAAUAAUUUAAAGUGUUAGCUGAUCUUUAAAUUAUCACUUUACAUAUUAUUUUAUGGGUCAUGUGUAUCAAAUGUGCUCAUUAUUUUUUCGAUAUUGUCAUAGAUCACUUCUGUAGAACUUAUAAACCAAAGACUGUCUUAAAGACAGGUUUGAAAGGUUACUUAAUGUAUGUCUUAGUUUAUUCCAAUUAUUUCCUGGUUUCUUUAAACAAAAGAAAUAUAGUUUGCACUGAAAAUUUCCAGAGAAGUAUGCAUCUGACCAAUGAACUAUUCAAGUGCAUGCUAAAAAAAUCUAUGCAUCCCCUAAAUAUAGUAUUAUCAAAUGCAAUAAAAAAGUGAAAAGAUUACAACUUGCUACAUUUUUUUUGGAUAAAUUCUUAAAAUGCUUUGAAUGUAAAUGUUACUUGUGUAAAAUAAAUGCCUGCUUAGUUUUUUUUUUAUUUUUUGAGUUUAUGAUAUAUUGAUAUUCAAAGUCAUGUGACACGAGGACACAUACAUUUGAUUGGAUCAGGUGACAAUCUGGACUGUCUAUAACUUAAUUGAUGGUUGGACACCUCAUUUUUAUUUCGACAUCCACCAAAAAUACAUGUAUAUGUGCUUUUGACCCAAAUUUAUCAAGCUGUAGCAAAUAUUACUGCAUAGGACUUUUGCAAUAAACUUUUUUCAUUAAAAA